UCACGUCACGUCAUUUUUCGGAAGGCUAUGGAUUGUAUCGGCUGAUUUUGUUUUUGUAAAAUUAAACUAAAAAGUACUGAUUUUAACUUAUUUUUAUCGGUCUCAGUGUGUAAAAUAGUUAUUUAUACGUGUAAUUAUAAUGUCAUAUUCAAAUAAGUAUACGUUCGCGGCGUUGCCGAGGACGCAACGUGGUACGCCUCUGGUGCUGGGCGGGGACCCUAAAGGGAAAAAUUUCCUGUACACAAAUGGAAAUUCUGUGAUAAUACGAGACAUUGAAAAUCCGGCGAUAUCGGAUGUCUAUACUGAGCACUCCUGCCAAGUUAACGUAGCGAAGUACUCGCCUAGCGGGUUCUACAUCGCUUCCGGAGAUGUAUCAGGCAAGGUCAGGAUCUGGGACACAGUCAACAAGGAGCAUAUCCUCAAAAAUGAGUUCCAGCCCAUCGGAGGUCCCAUCAAAGACAUCGCGUGGAGCGCGGACAGUCAGCGUAUGGUGGUGGUGGGAGAAGGGAGAGAAAGAUUCGGCCACGUCUUCAUGUCAGAAACGGGCACGUCGGUGGGGGAGAUCAGCGGCCAGUCCAAGCCGAUCAACUCCGUCGACUUCCGUCCCAGCAGGCCGUUCCGCAUCGUCACCGCUUCCGAGGACAACACCAUUGCUGUGUUCGAGGGGCCUCCCUUCAAGUUCAAGUGCACUAAACAGGAGCACACUCGCUUCGCUCAGGCGGUGCGCUACAGCCCGGACGGAAGCCUGUUUGCGUCAGCUGGCUUUGACGGCAAAAUAUUCCUCUACGACGGCGCCACGUCCGAACUGAAGGGGGAGAUCGGUUCUCCAGCCCACAAAGGUGGCGUGUACGGAAUAUCCUGGUCACCGGACGGUAAACAACUACUGUCCUGCUCGGGUGACAAGACCUGUGCCAUAUGGGACAUCGAGACCCGGGAGAGGACCACUACUUUCAACAUAGGCACUGCGGUGGAAAACCAACAGGUAUCCUGCCUAUGGCAAGGCAAGCACUUACUCUCCGUGUCCUUAUCCGGGGACAUCAACUACCUGGAUGUGUCCAACCCGGACACGCCGCUCCGGGUGCUGACGGGGCACAACAAGCCCAUCACCUGCCUUGCUCUGCAGGGCAAGGGCUUGUACACAGCCAGCCACGACGGCGCCGUCACGCUGUGGGACGUCGAUACAGGUGAAGGUCGCCGCGUGGGGGGUCAAGGUCACGGCAACCAAGUCAACGGAAUGCGGACCGGAAAAGAUGCAACUUUGCUCACUUGUGGCAUCGACGACACUUUGCGGAGAGCUGUGGCUAGUGCUGAAGGGGAAGUCCCAUCGUACACGGACAACUCUACUCCGCUAGGGGCGCAGCCCCGGGCUUUGGACUACCUCGUAGAUGAAGAUCUUACCAUCGUCGCCACUGUCAAAGAGUUAGCGGUGAUAGUGGGAACUAGUAAAAAAUCCACACUGCCCAUCAAUUACGAACCAAGUUGCGUUUCCAUUGACCCGAAAUCGAAGCACGUUGCAGUUGGUGGUGGUGACAGCAAAGUCCACAUAUACUCCCUACAAGGAACUUCUCUCUCCCCGGUAACAGAGUUGACUCAUCUGGGCGCCAUUACUGAUGUACGCUACAGUCCCGAUUCUACCUACUUAGUUGCCUGCGACUCAAACAGAAAACUCAUCCUCUACACCACUGAAGAAUAUAAGCUCGCCCACAACAAGGAAUGGGGCUUCCACACCGCUCGCGUGAACUGUGUCGCGUGGAGCCCCGACGGCGCCCGCGUCGCCUCGGGCUCCCUCGACACCAGCAUCAUCGUGUGGAGCGUGCAGACGCCCGCCAAGCACGUCGCUGUCAAAAACGCACAUCCUCAAAGUCAGAUCACGGGGCUGGCGUGGAUCGACGACGAAACAUUAGCUUCCGUGGGGCAGGACGCCAACACUCGCAUCUGGAGCCUGCCCAAGGCUUAGAUUAUUGUUUAUUUGUACUUGUCAUUGAUUCACUGUUUGUUUGUUGUUAUUUUACGAUAUAUUUUGUUACUACAAGGAAUCAGAAGCUUAAUUUGCUAUAACCCGCUAAACCAAACAAAUCUGUAUGGUGCAAC